AUGUGUUCUGAAUACCGUGUCCCACCCUUCGGCGUCUGCCGCCCUGAUAUUAGCGGUGUUGGAGAAUUGCGCAGCCAGCAGUCUGUCAGCUCGCCAAUCAAGAUGGCGAGUGCGCUGCCGCGCCGGAUAAUCAAGGAGACACAGAGGUUGAUGCAGGAUCCUGUUCAAGGAAUCGCCGCCACACCUGACGACAAUAAUGCUAGGUACUUUCAUGUGAGCAUCACGGGUCCCGAAGAUUCCCCUUUUGCCGGUGGCGAGUUCAAGCUCGAGCUGUUUUUGCCUGAAGAAUACCCGAUGGCGGCCCCCAAGGUGCGGUUUAUGACCAAGAUCUACCAUCCAAACAUCGACAAGUUGGGGAGGAUUUGCCUGGACAUUUUGAAAGAUAAGUGGUCGCCAGCCCUGCAAAUUCGAACAGUGCUCUUGUCGAUCCAGGCUCUUCUCUCUGCACCGAACCCGGAGGAUCCCUUGGCGGCUGACGUCGCGGAGCAAUGGAAGACGAAUGAAGCAGAGGCCAUCCGCACAGCUCGCGAAUGGACCCGUUUGUACGCCCGGCCC